CUGUGUUCAGUUGCUUGCGGCGUUGACAGAAGAGGAAGUGAUGGUGAACCGAUUCAUAGAAAGAGGUGGUUUACAUGUUCUCUUUUCGAAAAAUGUUAUAAGAUGGAUUGCCGUGAAGGAGUCAGAUGAGUCCAAUUCGUUGCAAGUAUCUUCAUCAUUGUUCAGUUUUCGAGGACUGGUAAGAAAUCUUGUGCAGGAUGCCCAAGUUUUAGAAGAUGGAAUGAAAGAUUCCAUUCGAUAUAUUUUGAAGUCACGUUCUUUGGUCAACCCUAGCUUUCUGAUUGUUCAUUCGUUGCCCAUGAUUGCCAAGAAUCCUGUCGUUUAUUUGAAAGCAUUGGCAAGAAUGACUAGCGUGAAGAAAGUGGGCAAUGGCUACAAGUUGGAAUUAUCUCAGACAGCAACUACACAAGAUGCUUUGCAAUUCCGUGAUACCUAUUCCAUUUCUUUUCGAUUGAGACAAGUAUUGCAACAUUUGUGGGAAUUGUUGGAGCCGAAGAAUCAAGUGGAUGAAGAAGAGUGGGAUAAGACUUGGGCUCACAAGUACGAUUGGAGUGUCGAAGCAGUUCAUCCAGCGUGUUGUAAAACAAUGUUUUAUGUAUUACAUGAUUUGGUGGAUACUUUUCCUUGUGUAGCUCAAGCGGUAAUUGUUUUAAGUCAACACAAAACACCUUCCUGGAUUGCAACGAUCAUUGAACAUUAUAUCGGUUGGAAUAGAAAGGAAGCAUCUACUGGAAGUGUAGGAUAUGCAGCCAGUUUGUUUCUGUUAUCGUUGUUGGAUCGAGAAGAAGAAGCAAUCGUUGCACAAAUGGUGGAAGUUGUGGGUCAUUGGUUAUUUAAAGAGAUGCAACAUCCAAGAGUGGAGAAAGUAGCGGGUAUUUGUCGUUUGGUGAGUGCAGUUCAACGUUUGAAAGUGCGAUAUAAGUUGAUAUCCGAUGGGUUUACCGAUAUUUUGUUGCUGUUAUUGGAAAAGUUUUCACGAGAGCACUCGACGAGAAGAAUGGAUGAAGAGAUAGAAAUGAUCGUUCAUUGUUUGCAGUUGUUGGGAGAAAGUUCCAUUUCGAUGCAUGCAGAAAGUUGAAAUAAAAUGAGAAAAUCAUGUGGAUCAUGUUUCACACAAAUAGAGCUUUAAGCCUUUUUCAGUCGU